AUGGACAGCGAGACGGAGUCGUCAAGCAAGCUAAACAGGCAGCUCGUGGAGCUCAUGCGCCCCUUGGGCUGUCGCACAACGCUGCGCGUCUCGCAAGUCGCCUCCAUCCUUGGCGUCGAGGGGGAGGAGCAGUAUCAACACCUUCUCGACCUCCUCGCUCGCAGUCACUUUCUCCAGUACGACGCGGAGAAGCAGACUGUGCGGCCGCUGUUGGAACUGAAGAAUCUCGAGGACGAUGAUGAGGCAGCGCUGCUGGCGCUGAGUGAUGUGGAUGUGGUCGGUGGUGACGUCCGUGGCCGUCGUGUUGAUGUGUCGCCACUUCUGGGUAGGCAUCGUCAGCAUCGGUCGAACAGCCGCCACAGCUACCGUGUCGGCGGUAGCAAUGCGGCGGCGAGUGGUUACUGGUCAGACUCCGGCCUCGCCAACACAACAUGCAGUGUCGCUCUCCUGUCACGCCGCCGCGCGGGUGGGACGUGGACCAAGCCAGGCCGCGCUGGCCUGGAGGAUGCAGCGAGCUACCCUGGCCCAGUCGGUCGUGUCGGCUACCUCUGCGUUGCGGACGAGUUGCACCUGGGCAAGCUGGAAGCCUACUACCGUGCGCAAGGGUACUACACAAAGUUUGACUUCGAUGUCCUGCACGUGCGCUUCGCGCAGUCCUCCUUUGUGAAUGUUGGGGCGAACGCGGGCGACAUCGCGAACACGCUGGUAGGCCUACGCGAUCGCCAACGCUCUCGUUACGCAACGGCGACACAGCAGGUUGUGCAUGAUGCCACCCAGAGCGGGGACACCGCCAGCAGCCCAUCACCGCCCCCGCUUCUCGAACAGGGGGGCACCGCAUCGCCAGCCGAGAACUCCGGCGUGUCUGCCUUCGCCUCCUCGCACGGCUACGGUGCGAUGGGGAGCAACGCAAGGAAUGGAGGAGCAUUACCUAACACCUUUGCGCAGGGUGGCGAAGGAGGCGAAGCUCCCGCGGCGACGUCGAGCUCUGGCAGCAGCACCAUGCAUUACUUUGACCUCUUCGUGUUCCCGUAUGGUGCCGUUGUCUGGUGGGGCUUUGACCAGCGGUACUUCAAGAUUGUGGAGAACGACUACAUGCUGCCACACAGCGCGAUUGCUCACUGCAUGACCAACCGCUACACGACGAAGCUUGUGAACGAGAACUACCCGGUGUGGUGCACCUUCAACCUCGUCGCUCGCGAUACGCUGGAGGUGGACGAUAAUUUCAAGGCACGCCUCCGCUUUGACCACUUUGUCAUCCCGUACAGGCGCGGCGAGGUGGCGACAGGCAGCGUGCUGAUGCUAUGUGCCUCGCAUGCGCUUGCACAGUCCGCCAAGAUUGACUACAUCGAGCUGCAGGUGCAGGGGCUGGCUGACAGCUGCUCACCGCUGCCGCGCGAGCUGCGGGAAAAGGGCGCGGUCAGCAUCACAGAACGACGUCUGCUGCAGCUGCGCGGCGAGGUGCUGUCGUACCGACUCAUGCUGAAGAGCGGAUCCGACUUGCUGGAUCAGCCGGACUUCUUCUGGGAGAACUCGUAUCUGAAACCGGUAUUUCAGGCAACCAAGGAGGAGUACGAGAUCAGCGAGCGCGUUGAGGCUCUGGACAACAAGCUGGAUGCAGCUAAUGAAAUCUUGUCCAUGUUGGCCGAGGACUUCUCGCAGCGGCAUGGCGCGCGACUGGAGUGGAUUGUGAUUUGGCUAGUCUUUGUGGAAGUGGUGAUUGGCGUGCUGGGGUUGCUGAUCGACGUGCGGCCGUGGCUCCAGUCGAACGCGCGGUGA